AUGGGUGAUAAUUUAAAAUCAGAAAUUAUUAAAUACGGCGAAAAUACAUCCGUCAGAGGACUAUCAAAAUAUUUCAAGUCGAAAGAUGUCUUUCUGAAGUUGCUGUGGCUUGGUUUGCUGCUGGGCUCGACAAGCUACAUGUCGUACAGACUGUACCUGUUGUUCAGCGAUUAUCUCGAAUAUCCAGUGUCCACAGAGUAUGGAGAAAAAGUUGUAUGGUUUAAAUUAUUUUUGGAAAAUGAUUCUGGAUAUGGUUUAAAAAAUGUCUAUUAUUUAUUUACUUUAUUCUUAAUUAUAAAAGUUUUGAGUAUUUGUGAUAUAGUUUUUAAAUUAAAUUCUGAAAUUUUCGUUUUAAACUUUGAUUUCCAGAUCGGACAAUCAAUAUCAUUUCCAGAUAUCACACUAUGCAAUUUAGACGUCUUUGCAGAAGGAGAACCUAAAGAAAUUUCUGUCAAGGAUUAUUUAGAAAAUUUGGAAAACUUUAAAAAACGGUUUCAAGCAAUACUAAACAAUAAAACAGCUAUUCAAUGGAACGAGCAACAUAUAGAUAUGAAAAUAAAUGGGAGCUCUUCAAUUAAGUUGAGAGAAGUAGACGAAGCAUUUGAGGAGAUGACCUCACUGGCUGGUUAUAUAAUCAAUUUGAAUAGAAGCCGUCCUCAAUCUGUUGACUGUCCGCACUUUGUUGUUGAUUGUAAUUUUUUUGGCACAAAUUGGUUUGAGACCAAAGACAAAUGCUCUGUCAGCAGUUUUGCAAGAGUUUGGAAUGCAAAUUAUUACACUUGUUACACUUUGAAAACUAGCAAGUUAAACGUUAAUAGUUCAACAAAUAUUAGAGGGUUGAAUGUGUUAUUAAAUGUUGGUCCUCCCAACUCCAUUCAAGUGCCCUACAGAUCUUCACUGACAAGUUCUCAAGGCAGAGGAGUGCAGGUGAGUGUGCACAGUCCUGGAACCCCUCCUGAUCUCAAGCGUGGAUUCAAUGUGGCUCCUGGCACUGAAAACAUCGUGGAAAUCAUUCAAACGAACAGAAAUCGCUUAAAGUUACCUUACAACAAAUUGGGAUGCACUGAAGAUGUAACGUUAUUCAGUUCAUCCUCAGUAAAGUAUACACCCGACGUCUGCAUAGAUUACUGUCAGCAAAAUCUUGUGAAAAGUAUGUUCAAGUGUUUCACUCAUCAGCUAAACGUUCCUGAAAAAAAAAUUGAAAAAACUCCGUUGUGUGGAAAUUUGAGUGCUUUCAUGAAUGCCAACAUGUCGAUGACCGACGAUGACAUUUUUUUUAAUUCCAUCCUUCGACUUUCUGGAUCUCUCCUUUGGUCUCAGCUCGACAAAGUUUAUACAAAACUAAUCAAAUACGACGAAAGUACGGAAAUUUGUUCAGAUAACUGCUUGCUGCCGUGCAAAGAAACUGUAUACCAAACGUUCAUCACGUCAGCUGCGUGGCCACAACCAUCUGUGCAGUUUGAUAUUUUUAAAAAAUAUUACAUUAAUGGUGGCUGCAUGGAUAAUGUUAAAAUAAAAAAUAGAUACAUCAAUUAUUUCAACAAACUCUCCAACAACACCAAGAAAGAAAUGUUUUCUUCCAAUUUAACACAAAUGCAAGAAUCUCUACUAGUACUGAAAUUUAUGAUGAAACAGAAUUUUCCAUAUUUCCAAUCAGACAACCCAGCGUACACGGAUGACAUGAUGAUCGGAUCGGUGGGAGGAAUGUUGUCUCUCUGGUUGGGAAUCACAGUGGCAAGUGGAGUGGAGGUCAUAGAGCUGAUCUACUUGCUGUUCAAACGCUGCUGGGAGAAGAAAAUGCAAAAUAAAAACACAACAAACGUGACGGAAACAACCAACGGAAAAGGUGAUCACGUUAUUGAUGAAGAUUUCCCAUCGAUUGCUACUACUUCAACCAAGUUGUAA